AGUAGAUCACAUGACUAUUAUUGUUUUGUGUAGCGCACGCGUGAACAUGUGAAAACAGGAUAUUGAAAAUAAUACGAAACAAAGUAUCAAAUGUGUUACUAGGAAUUUUGUUACACUAGUAAAUAUACUGGUCGACUGACUUUCACCCUGCAAAUAUGUUUUCUUUGUAAUUGUUGCUACUGUUCUCAGCAGACUGUCCCAUCAAAUUUGUUCUGGUACUUUUCUGAUUUUAAAGAAUUAAUGGUAUUAAUGACUUAAUGGUCUUCUUUCCCGACGUUGGUUAAUCUUUAAAAAUGGGUGAUCGUGUACGGGCUUUUAGAAAAAAUGUCAAAGUUACAAAACCUCGGUUUGAUGCCUCCCUGGUGUACCUCACAAAAAGAUUUAUGGAACUGGUCAAAGAUGCACCAGAUGGAAUUCUUGACUUAAAUCAGGUAGCAAGAACAUUAGCAGUACGAAAAAGACGUGUUUAUGAUAUCACCAAUGUACUAGAUGGUAUUAGUCUAAUUCAGAAGCGAUCCAAGAACCACAUCCAGUGGGUGGGAACUGACUUGAACGAGAGAGAAUUCUCCCUACCAGAUCAACAAAAACUAAAAGAUGAACUUUCUGACUUGAGUGCAAUGGAGGAAGCUCUGGAUGAAUUGAUCAAAGACUGUGCACACCAGCUGUUUGAACUGACAACCAGCAAAGAAAAUGCAAAAUUAGCUUAUGUAACAUAUCAUGAUAUUCGUGGUAUUGAAGCAUUACAUGAACAGAUUGUUGUCGUCAUUAAAGCUCCAGAAGAAACAAAACUGGAAGUACCUACUCCCAAAGACAGCCGUAUCCAGAUUCAUUUAAGAAGUACAAAGGGACCAGUUGAGGUUUACUUGUGUGAUGUAGGCCCCAAAGAUGAAAGCCAGUCUGAAAACGGAAGUACAAAGGAUGAAAAUAGUGAGACUUCUACAGUGCAAGAAAGCACUGCAGUGCAGGAAAUCAGUGAGACGUCUACGAAGCAAGAAAGCACUGCAGUGCAGGAAGUCAGUGAGAUGUCUGCAGUGCAAGAAAGCACUGCAGUGCAGGAAAUCAGUGAGACGUCUACGAAGCAAGAAAGCACUGCAGUGCAGGAAGUCAGUGAGAUGUCUAUGGUGCAAGAAAGCACUGCAGUGCAGGAAAUCGGUGAGACUUCUACUGUGCAAGAAAGCAAUGCAGUGCAAAAAAUCAGCAAGACAUCUAUUGUGCAAGAAAGUGCUGCAAUGCAGGAAAUCAAUAAGACUUGUCUGGUGCAAGAAAGCACUGCAAUGCAGGAAAGGAACGAAUCUUCUAUGGUGCAAGAAAGCACUGCAGUCCAGGAAAGUAGUGAGACUUCUAUGUUGCAGGAAAACACUGCAUUGCAAGAAAGCAGUGGGAUUUCCACAUUGAAAGAGAGCACUGCAGUGCAAGAAAACAAUGAGACUUCUAAUAACAUUGAGACUUGUAUAGUGGAAGAAAGCAGUGAGACUUCUAAACUGCAAGAAAGCACUGCAGUUCAAGAAGCCAGUGACAAUUCUAUGUUUCAAGACAGCAGAUCAGUAACAAAACCACCUGAUGCAGCAACAGAACAGGAAACUCUACAGAGUGACGUGACACGACUGACAGAAGAAAAGGUCACAGACUUGCAUUACAUGGUUUAAACAUUUUGUACACUUCCUGCUGGCUUUUCAGUUCUGACAUCUGCUGGUAUUUUGAGACACAUUUGAAUUCAGUCAGUAACGGUGACCAGUUGUCAUGAUGGUAAUGGAAAAUGUCGGUUGUCUGUGGAUUUUUCAUGCCUAUACACAAGCAGGAAUUUUUAAGAUGUUAAAACAGUGGAGACCUAAAUCAUGAUAAAGAAGAAUGCACUUCUGAAAGCUACUUUAUGUACUGGUAUUGCUGUGUGUACAGCAUCACUUCAUAGUCAGUGUGCAGUAUUUGAAAGCUGAAGUAGUGCAAGGCAAAAAGCAAUGCUGUGUAUUUUUCUUGUUCUUUUGUAAGACCCUUCAUUUUGCCAAAUGUUGCACUAUGUCCUUGAAUUUUUUGAUCUGAUUAAAAGAAAAAAAGAAUCCUUUGA